GGAUGCUGUCAUAGGUCACAGACCUUGAGGAAAUACUGUCAUUCAGGGAUAUUUAUCUUCCUCGUCGGUAAAUCAACAGUGCAUCAACAGUUUGGAAAAAUCUUCUGUGAGUGAAAAUCCAGGCCAUUAAUAUGGCCAAACACAUCGAAAAAUGUCUUAACGACUUUAUACGACAUGUAAACACCUUACUGGCAGAGGAUGACCCAGCUGGGAAUGGUUUUCAUCGCGAAUUUAGGGUUUUGCGUGAGAGUCAGAUUGAGAAUAAAAGAAAUGAGCUAUUUCCAACUGAUGAAGGACAAAAGGACGAAAACAUCAAGAAGAACAGAUACAAAGAUAUUUUACCAAGGGAUGACAGAAGAGUUGUGCUGUCCACUAUUGAAGGCGAGGCAGGAUCCAGCUACAUCAAUGCUACAUUUAUAAAGGGUGUUGAUGGUGAAAAUGGCUACAUAGCUGCACAAGGCCCUAUGCUUAACACUGUGAAUGAUUUCUGGCGCAUGCUGUGGGAGCAUAAGACAGAAGUAAUUUUCAUGGCCUGUCGUCUAAUAGAAUGUGGCAAGCAAAAGUGUGAGAAGUACUGGCCUGAUGUAGGAAAAACAGAACUAUUUGGCAAUAUUGCUGUUCGCACUGACAGUGAAGAGACAAUUCAAGUGGAUUUUGUAAUGAGAAAACUAACAGCAACUAAAGAUGGAGUUUCCCACAGCAUAAUUCAGUUUCACUUUAUGGGCUGGCCUGACCAUGGAACUCCUGCUAGUCCAAAGACACUCAAGGACAUGAUUGAGUAUGUGCGGUCAUAUAGACAGAAGAAGAAUAUUCCCUUGGUCAUUCACUGCAGUGCUGGAUGUGGAAGAACAGGCACCAUCUGUGCAGUUGAUUAUGCUUGGACUCUCCUAGACCUAGGGCAAGUCAACAAUGGGUUCAGCAUAUUUGACAUUAUCAAAUCACUAAGAGAUCAGAGAAUGUCAAUGGUCCAGACUCCAGAUCAGUAUGAAUACACCCACAUGGUCAUAAAGAGUUUGUGUGAAGAGUGGCUUCAGGAGUUUGCAAAGCACGAUUAUGAAAACAUUCUCAAUCGUGAAGAGAAUUAUGUAAACAUGGACAUUGACCAUGAUGAUGUUGGUUUUUCUAGUACUGGCCUAUGGAGUAGUUUUGAAAACAUAGGCACCUUAAGAAAUUCACAGACACUCAGUAAAACUUCGAAAUCUGAAUAUUCUACUUUGAGCACUGCUGAGUGUUGCAAACAUCAACUUUAUGCACAAGACUUGACAAAUCUCAUUUCUGUGGAAUUUGAGAUAAAUGAAUCACUUGCUCCUAGUGAAGGUGAAGCAAAGUCUACUCCAAACAGAAAGGCAAUACCCAUUGAUCUGGAUGCACCAGCUGUGCCAGCAAGACUUUAUUCUACUGACGACUUGAAUACAAAAUACGCAUCUGUUUCGUCUGCUCAGACUUCAGAAAAAGCAUUUGAUAGACAUGAUUGGAGACAGCGUCCUCAACCAGUAAGAGGUCCACGCCCUAUGCCAGCAGAAUGGAACUUGCAACUAAAAUUUCGCCAAGACACCUACUUAUAAAUAUGCUGCACAAAGUUGUGUGUAUAUAUGGCCUAAAAUUCAGUGACUGAAUUGAUAUGCACUUUAGAUUUUCUUUCAACUCUAGAUCCUUACCACUGAGGUUUAGUCCUCGUUACUCGUUACUCCUAGAGAAGCAUAGGGCCACAACAACAACGAAAAGCAUAUAAAGCUUAGAGUAUUAGAAACAGUAUCUUUAAUAGUAUAUUUUAGUUUCAUACUACAUGUUUUAUUCCAUAGACAUUAGUAAUUUGAUGGUAAGUGGAAAUUGCACACAAUGUCAUCCUUGCUUUUGAAUAGCAUAGUUGCUCCUCUCUUUUGCUUUGAGUUGAUGAACUGUUUAUUUCAUUUUUUAAUCAUUUUAUUAUAACCCUGGACCUUUACUGCAUUUUGAAAGGUCAUUGUUCCAGACUACAGUUUCUGAUUAUUAUGUUGGUUGUAUAAAUGAAAUGUUGCUUGUAUAAAAACUUGUAAAUGCUA